AAAUUAGCCGCACAUUUAUCAGUAUCACUGAUUUAUUAUUGAUAAGAUAUCAUGUGGAUUGUUUUGAUUCAGAUAUAGGAAGUUGUAGUUUAAAGUUUUGUCAUACCAAAAACUUCAAUGGAUAUGUAGUUUUUCGUGAUUUUUGGGAGUAUGGAAUUCAAUGAGAACUCCCUUUUGUUUCCAAAAGAAAAGGGUCAACAUAAAAGAAGAAAUUACGGAGGGAGGGAUGACAUUGCCUACACCAGUACGGAAGAGUACGAAUAUGACAAUUCUGCGUUCUCUGAAAAAUACGAAGAACUGGAAAAUGGCGGGAUAGAGGACUCCAACAGUGGUAGAAGUGUCGGAGAAACUGAAUCCGCCUCUGAUAUUUUAUAUCGGCUUCGCUAUGGUUUUCUUGACCCAGAUUUGGAUUCGGAACACCUUAUAUCGGAAUCCCAAGCUCGUCUAACGGGACAGGACAAGCUGAAAUUCAAGGAGGACAUUUUGGAAGGAAUUAGAGAGGUUCCUCUGCCAAUGAGGCAAAAAUUAAGACUUCGACGAAUACUAACUACGGAUCAUGUCAAUAGACGAAGAGAACAAGCUUCCAAAAAGUACAUCAGCUCAAAAUCAAGGAAAAACAACACCGUCUUCUUUCGCCUCUGGGAAUCCUCCAUAACCAAAUUAACAGCUUACUUUGGCAGCACAGUAGCUUCCUACUUCACAUUUCUAAGGACUCUGUUUUUCCUGAACUUGCUCACAGGGCUAAUUUUAUUUUCCUUUACCGGAGUACCACAGAUUACCACCGGCGAGUUUUUACUGGAUCAAAGAGAAAACAGAAAUAUUACUUUUGGACAUUUUGGAGAUCUGUCAUACAGUAUGCUUUUCUAUGGGAUUUACAGGGAUGACGUGGAGGGAUUCAACCUUCCGUUGUCCUACUUUUUGACCUGGAUAUCCGUGAAUCUUCUGACCGUUUUGUACCUUGCAUCAAGCAUGUACGUGCGAUACAGAAGAAGCAAGUUGUCAGACACGGGCAGUGAUUUCCCGUUCACGUGGUCCACCCUCUGUUACUUUGACUUCACCAUUAACACCAAGGACGGUGUUAAGGAUCAUCUUAAAGCAUUCUGCACACACUUAAAAGAAAAGAUACGAGAAGAAAAGUCCUUAGAAGUAGUUGACUGUAUAAAGAGACUUCGUAUGUAUUUUGGUCGACUGGUCAGUAACAUACUAGUGCUUGGGUUGCUGGGAGGCAGCGGCUUCCUAAUCUACUAUGUCGCUGAGAAAGAAACGAGUCAGGAGGAAAUUGAACUGGAUGACAAACCAGAGGAUCUUGUACAGAAAAUCUACGAACGAUACCGGUUGGCGGUUGUUGUAGCCUUCCUGAAACUUUUUGUUCCAUUCAUCUUCGAACUCCUGGUGAAAAUAGAAAGCUAUCACCCUCGUACAGAACUGAAAUUUACACUUGCAAGAACAACAUUUUUCUAUUACGCAAGUUUGAUAGUGUUUAUUGUUUCACUCACAAAGAAAGCGGAAUGUGCCAAUGUACAGAACCCACAGACAAGCACAACACCAGGGAGAAGAUCCCCCACUACCCUCCCCUUUACUGGUACCACCGGUGCCACUUCUUCCCCACCUACUAACGCUUCAUCUCUCAUCACUUAUUGCUGCUGGGAAAAUGUCGUGGGUGAAGAGAUUUUUAAACUCAUUCUGGUGGAUUUAGGAGUGUGCAUCGCGGUCGGACUUCUGUUCCAUGUUGUAAAGGCCAUUUUCAUAAAAACUAGGACAUGCUGCUGCCAGAUUAACUACAGUGAGUUUGCAGUGACAUCAAACGUUCUGGAUCUAGUGUAUGGACAAGGCCUGGUAUGGCUGGCGCUUUAUUUCUCGCCAUUAAUGGCGCUGGUAGCGACCGUCAAAUUGUUCAUUGUAUUCUAUUUUCGGUAUUUUGUGGCACGCUUUGCCAACAUUCCGCCCAAGAAAAUGUUCCGGGCGUCCCGAUCUGGCAACUUUUACUUGUUUCUGUUACUGCUGACGUGGAUGUUGUGUUUUAUUCCAGUGGUCUAUGUUCUUAUCGAAAAGACACCAUCUUGGUACUGCGGUCCUUUUGAGAACAAAGACAGGGCAUACAAAGUGAUAGAUCUGUUUGACUCUCUGAAUGACCUUCCCAGCUGGUUGGACUGGGUCAAGGACGCCAUAGACUAUAUUGCCACGGCCAUUGUGAUUGUUCCAAUCAUAGUGGUGUUAAUUCUCCUUGUACUUUAUUAUCGUGUGAAAUCCAGUUCUUAUAACGCAUUGAUUCAAGAACUCCGCAAACAGCUAGUUUUUGAAAGAAAAAUUGAAAGAAAGAAGGUUUAUGCUAGGGCCUUAUCUGCACCAGCGAUUGGCAGUGUUGGGAAAGCGAGUGGAUCAGCUAUCACUGGUGAAAUGUCAAGGAAAACAAGUAUAUCUACCAUCACUUCUUAAAACAGUUCACUGAUCAAGGCACAAAUAACUUUUCAAACUUCCUAACACUGAAGAGUUCAACUUUU